AUGGCCAGCAAAGCUACAAGUGUCCCCACUACAAGCCAAUUCAAGAGCCAAGACUCGAUCGAUCGAUCAAGAGAGAGAGUGAGGAAGAUGAAGCUGGGAAGCCAAGGCCUUGAGGUAUCGGCGCAAGGUCUCGGCUGCAUGGGCAUUUCCGCUUUCUACGGUCCUUCGAAGCCGGAAACUGAAGCCAUCGCUCUUCUCCACCACGCUAUUCACUCCGGAGUCACUUUCCUCGACACCUCCGAUGUCUACGGUCCCGAGACCAACGAAUUGCUCAUCGGAAAGGCUCUGAAGGAUGGUGGAAUGAGGGAGAAAGUUGAACUUGGUACUAAAUUUGGAGCCACUUAUGCAGAGGGGAAGAGAGAGAUCAAGGGAGAUCCUGAGUAUGUGAGAGCUGCUUGUGAGGCUAGUUUAAAGCGUCUUGAUGUUGAAUGCAUUGAUCUCUAUUAUCAGCAUCGGGUCGAUACUCGUGUCCCUAUCGAAAUCACUAUGGGAGAACUCAAGAAGCUAGUCGAAGAAGGUAAAGUAAAGUACAUCGGUUUGUCUGAAGCCUCUGCGUCAACUAUCAGAAGAGCACACGCGCUAGAAUGGUCCUUGUGGACGAGAGACGUGGAAGAAGAAAUCGUCCCGACGUGCAGGGAGCUUGGGAUUGGGAUUGUUGCUUACAGUCCACUAGGAAGAGGCUUCUUUGCAUCAGGACCAAAGCUUGUUGAAAAGCUAGACAAUGAUGACUUCAGAAAGACUCUUCCAAGAUUCCAGCAAGAAAACUUAGACCACAACAAGAUUCUCUACGAGAAGGUUUGUGCGUUGUCGGAGAAGAAAGGAUGCACUCCUGCACAACUAGCCCUCGCGUGGGUUCAUCACCAAGGAAAUGAUGUUUGCCCCAUCCCAGGAACCACUAAGAUCGAAAACCUCAACCAAAACAUUGGAGCUUUAUCAGUGAAACUCACUCCCGAAGAGAUGACUGAGCUCGAGAUCAUUGGCCAACCAGAGUCUGUGAAAGGAGAAAGAUACACGGCCAUUGUGCCCACCUUCAAGAACUCUGACACACCACCGUUGUCUUCCUGGAAAGCCGCUUAAAACCGGUUAGAAAGUUUCUCUGGUUAUGGUUGUACUACAUGGCAUUGUGUCCACUUCAUUCUUAGCUUGAGAGAGAGAGAGAGAGAGAUGUUAUAUGACCUCUACGCUUAGCUUUAUGUUUGCCAAAUGAAAAUUUAGGUUAUGUGUAAUUGAAAAGACGUUUGAUGUCCUUUGUAGGCUUUAACUGUUGUCGAAUGAUGUUUAGUCUUAACUAAACGGCUGUUCCAUUUUAAAUGCCUUGUCUUGACAAUAUUCAUUGCAUAAUAAUGAAACUAAUAACAGUUUUAAUUAUAUAUGCGAUCAAAAACUUGGAGAUGAUACAGUUG